UAAACCUUGUUGAACCUGUUACUGUCCUUACGCCUGUGACACACACUGCUUCAGCAGACACUGUGCAUAAGUGGCUCUGACUACUGCUUAGUAGGUGACAGCGUGUGUAAGUGUAGCUACACUUUACCUGUUGGAGUAUCUCUUUCUGUUCUUCACCUUUGGACCAUAAGCUGAGCUUCCUUGUGUCAGGACGACUUGGACUUUAUCCUGAUUAUACUCCUUUGUUCCUGUUUACACUCUCAUGUGGCAUUGACCACCUGGCUGCAUCACUGCAAGUAAAAACAAGACAACUUCAUCUUUCCGAACUAACUUCACCUCUACCAAGGCUCGUGGUGGGUUUUCCUGCAAGGACUGUGGUUGUUUGUGUCUGUAUGAGUGGUGGCAGCUCCUGGGGCUUCACAUUUGGACAAGAUGAUGGAGGAGGUGUCCAUGAUGAUGGCGUACGAUGCCCACGUUAUGGAACAGAUGAGCGAGGACGAGAUCCUGGCCUGUUUGGUGGCUGAAACCGGACCUAAAUUCACAGUUCCAACAAAGAAAGCCAAACUGAGGGAAAGCCGGCUUCAAAUAAUGGAUGAUGAAGAAGAAGAAGAAGACCCUUUGGACAAAUACCUGAAGGAAAACCGUCGGCUUCAGCAGGCCAGCCUCCGUCUGGAGCAGGAAAAUGACAGCCUGGCCCACAGACUGAUCACCAGCAAGGUCGCCCUGAGGAACGCUCUGGACAAGGCGGAGGACAGAGUGGAUGAACUCACCAAAGACCUUCUGCAGACCAGACGUCGACUGCAGGCCACAGAGGAGGAGAAGAGAGGGAAAGAGGAGGAAGCUGCAAUGCUUAAAGAAGUGUUUCGAAGAGAGCUGGAGAAAGCAGAGCAGGAGGUCAAAAGGUCGUCAGGCAUCAUCGCAGACUACAAACAGAUCUGCUCUCAGCUGACAAACCGCCUGGAGAGGCAGCAGGCCGCCCACAGAGAAGAGUUAGAUUCACUCAAGAGUGCAGUGAAGGCUUGCUCUCGCUGUCAGCGCGUUGUAGAAACAGAUGAACCGUCGGCUGCAGGUCAGACCUCUCCAACAGCAGCUCUGACGGAAGGCCACGCAACGACCAGACCAGGCCAGGAUGAUGAGGGUCCUAAAGAGGCAGAGCAGAGGAGGGAGGACCAGGAGAAGGAGUCCCUCAAGGCUCAGAUAAGGGAGCUGGAACAGGAAUUGGCCCAGACAAAACUCCAGAUGGUGGAGGCUAAGUGCAAAAUCCAGGAGCUGGAGCACCAGAAGGGACUCCUGGCCAACGAUCUACAUGAAGCAAAAAACAACUGGAUCAGCAAGGCCUUCACGUCCCUGCGGACAUCCAGCGGGGGGCCCUCAUCGCUGGGCUGGAAUCUCCACAGUGGCUCCCUGUCUGAAUGGAGUGGCAAGAGGCUGUCGUGGUCUCACAGAGACAAUCGAGAAAAUGUGUGAUGGCCUGGACUGUGGAUGCAGAUCCCCUAAGACAGGACAUUAUAGACUGAUCAAGCCCCUUAAAGUGGCAGCUGUAGUAAUACACACUGGUAUGUUCACUAUGUAUUUAAUACUACAGCUGCUAUUUUUCAUUUUGUGCUCUAGGGGGCAGAGUACUGCCAUGUCUCUUCCAAGAACUGCAUUUACUGAUGUUCUUUCUUUUAAUGUAAAAUUAAUCCAUGUGCCAUGUGAGCUUUUUUUUUUUGUAUAAUUUUUUAAUGAAUACAAAAAAAACCAUACAAUAUUAAAGAAC